GUCAGACGCAAGUUAUUAAAAGUUGAAGUCUUUUCGUCUCAUUUUCCCUCGACCUGUUGGAAAAAAUGUGGGAAUACGACCCCAAUAAAAGAAUGCCAUCGAAAGAAGGAGACGUUCAAUUACAUUCCAUCAAGGAUGAGCUCACUGGAAAAGAAAAAGAAUUGCUUGAAUUGUGUGGGCGUGAUUCGCGAUCGGAUCUAACGGGAAAAAUCAAAGAAUUAAUUCAGUUCGGAAUUAACCUGAACGCAAAGGACAACAACGGAAUGAAUGCGCUCCAUCUUUUAUGUCGUUACUAUUCAAACCCAAAAUUAACCGACGCAAUUCAACUCGUGGUCAAAAGUGGAAUCGACGUGAAUGCAAGGGACAAUGAUGGAAUGAAUGCCAUUCAUUACUUGUGUCAAUAUCAAUCAAGCCAAAACUUAAUCGACGCAAUUCAAAUUUUAAUUCAACUGGGAAUCGAUGCGAACGCAAAAAGCAACGAUGGAUCAAAUGUGCUCCAUUAUUUAUGUCGAGACAAUUCAAACCCAAAUUUACUCGACGCAUUUGAAAUUUUGACUGAAUACGGUGUGGAUGCGAAGGCAAAAGACAAAGAUGGAUGGAAUGCGAACUAUUAUUUGUAUAAUAAUGAUAAGAAGGUAAUGAAAAUUUGGUUCGACCGCGAAAACCCAAUAGGGGAAGGUAGCUUUGGUAUGGUAUGCAAAGGGAAGUUCGGAGGUCGUGAAGUAGCAGUAAAAAGAGUUGAAAUGCGACACGUGGACAAAAUAGAAGAAGAAGCUAUGCUUAAGUUAGAUCACCCAAACAUCGUCAAACUUCUUCACUGUGAAAAGGACCAAGAUUUUAUGUACUACGCAUUGGAAUUAUGUAACGCUUCCUUAGAUCAAGUUUUCCUGAAUUCGGAUGAUCCCAAAAAAUACAAAGGACCUAUGCCACGUCAAAUCGAGGUUUUCCACCAAUUAGCUACAGGCCUGGCAUACAUCCAUUCAAAGAAUUUAAUUCAUCGAGACAUUAAGCCGAACAACGUUCUAAUUAAGCGAUCUCCAGGCCAAGAUGAAAAGACAAUAAUCAAAUUGGCUGAUUUUGGGCUGGCAAAAAAGGUUACUGAACGGGGGUCAUAUUCAUGGACUGGAAGGGAAGGAACCAGAAACUGGUACGCCCCGGAGGUGUUACACUUAUUCUUGAACAAAAAUAAAAAAAAAGAGGAUGAAGAGGCAGAAAAGAAAAGAGGCACAGUAAAGAGCGAUGUGUUUGUCCUCGGCCUCGUUUUCGGAUAUCUUUUCUUGGAGGGAGAACAUCUGUUCGGUUCAAGCGAAAAAGAAAAUGAAAUUCAUGAUAACAUAAUUGGAGGACGUGCGGUGAAUAUGAAGAAUAUUGAUGCCGAAUUGCGCAAAUAUUAUGAGGAUGACUUACUAAACAAAAUGUUGCAACACGAUUCGGUAAAAAGAAUAAGUUCGAAAGAAGUCGUCGAACAACUGGAAUCCAUCACGGAAAAGCUGGCUGAAAAAGAAGAAGAAUUUCUACUACUUUGUGCUCGUGGCUCUUUGUCUGAUCUAAAAGGAAGAGCCAACGACUUCAUUCGCAUUGGAAUUGAUGUGAAUGCAAAGGGCUAUAUGGAAAUGAAUGCGCUCCAUCAUUUGUGUCAAUUUAUGUCAAGCCUAAAUUUAAUUGACGCCAUUCAACUCUUAAUCCCACUGGGAAUUGAUGUGAAUGCAAAGGACAAUGAUGGAAUGAGUGCGCUCCAUUAUUUGUGUAAAUUCAAUUCAAACCCAAAUUUAAUUGACGCCGUUCAACUCUUAAUCCCACUGGGAAUUCAUGUCAAUGCAAAGGACAGAAGGGGAAUGAAUGCGCUUCAUCAUUUGUGUAAAUCAAAUUCAAGCCCAAAUUUAAUUGACGCCAUUCAACUCUUAAUCCAAAAGGGAAUUGAUGUCAAUGCAAAGGGCGAAUGGGGAAAGAAUGCGCUCCAUUAUUUGUGUGAAUUCAAUUCAAGCCCAAAUUUAAUUGACGCCAUUCAACUCUUAAUCCAACUGGGAAUUGAUGUGAAUGCAAAGAACAUUAGCGAAAAAAAUGCGCUGCAUUAUUUGUGUGAAUUCAAUUCAAGCCCAAAUUUAAUUGACGCCAUGAAACUCUUAAUCCAACUGGGAAUUGAUGUGAACGCAAAGGGCGACAGGGGAAAGAAUGCGCUGCAUUAUUUGUGUGAAUUCAAUUCAAGCCCAAAUUUAAUCAACGCCAUUCAACUCUUAAUCCAACUGGGAAUUGAUGUCAAUGCAAAGGACAAUGAUGGAAGGAAUGCUCGAAGUUAUUUACGCUAUAAUGAUAAGAUUAGCAACAAGGACGAAAUCCUACAACUGCUCGACGCAGCACUUGUUGUUUGAAUCACAACUCGUCUCUAGGCGAUACAAUGCACUUCGACAACGCAGAAUGAAAAUAUAGCGCCUGCCGCAUACUCGGAAUUCUUUUGCCAUUUACCCCUUGAAAAGUCAAAUUUCCCGCUUUCUUGGCUGUAUUGCUCAGGCC